ACAAAAAAAAACAUCAUCUUUUAGUACAAUGAAAACAAUGAAAAAUUUAAAACAAAAAAAUGUAUUUUAACGAAAAGUCCCAAUUUUUUUAAAACAAAAUUCUACGAAAAGAAGCCACAUAUUUUAGGAUAGCUUAAAGAAUUCCGUCGCAUUAAUAUUGGGCGAUUCGCACGAAACUAUUCAACGCAACAACAACAAUACGCCAUUCAAUACGACGAAAAAAGUUCAAAUAAAUUCAGAUUUAUUUAACUUUUAAACAACAUCAACAUCGACACACAGCAACUAUCCAACCAAACUACACUAAACGAGUGUUUUUAAAAUAGCACAAGCUUUGGAAUAUAUAUAUAUAAUUAUACCGUAUAUGUUUUAAUUCGUAUAUUGUACAGAAUAUGCACAAAUCAAUCGAAGGGCUAGCGAUUAAACAAAUCGAACAUUCGCAGGCCGAUGCGAUUUGCAUGAAUUCGUAGUGACAAAGUGUUUUAAAUGUAAAUCAACCACAACAACAACAAAAAUUCAAGUGAAAAUUCAACCAAAAAUAUUAAUUAUGUGCCUGUGCAUGAGAUUCCGACACAGUAUGUUUAUUUCUCAAAUGCAAAACCACUACACGAAAGGAAUAAAUUAAUUUAGAAUAUAAAAGAAGUAGUAGCAGCCAUAGAAGAAGUUCGAAUUAAUCAUUCGGGACUGCGUGUCCAAAAGGCAAAAAUAUUGCAAAAUCAAAAUACAAAUUAAAUUGGGGUGGUGGUGGUGGUAACACAAAAAAAUGGCCGAUAUGCCUGAUCUAUCACACCUAACCGCAGAAGAGCGCGCCAUCAUCGAAAAUGUGAUGAUGCGACAGCGUCAGGAAGAUGAACAACAAAAGGAGAUUAUGCAACGAAAACAAGAUGAAGUUAAUACACUAGAAGAUACGAUACGACAACGAUCGGAACAGCAACGGAAAGCUGGCAUUGAAUUAGAAGCAACGUGUCACAUAUGUUUAAAAACAAAAUUUGCCGAUGGCGUUGGUCACAUUUGUCAUUAUUGUAAUAUACGCUGUUGUGCUAGAUGUGGUGGUAAAACAACCAUCAGAGGAAAGGUCAUUUGGGUGUGUAUGGUGUGUCGCAAAAAACAGGAACUUUUAUCGUCGACUGGACAAUGGAUGAAAACAACGGAAGGCGAAGGCUUUAUCUGUGCGACUGGCGGUUCACUUCAUCCGGAUCCACAUGAUCCAUCGGAUAAACGACCAAAAUUAGAACGAGCCCGAAGUGCUGCCGAAAAAGAAAAUCUCCCAUUACAACGAACUGGCAGCGGAUUGAGACGUCAAUAUUCACACGAUUCGAGUGUUGAUAUGCUCAAUCCAGCACAACGACGCAUGCAACAACAAAUUCAAGCAUCGAACGCAUCACAACAUUUUCAACAAUCAUCGUUAUAUGGAACGAAUCAUCAUCAAUCAACACACCAACAACCAUCAUCCGAUAUUUAUUCAACCGAUGAAGAUCCAAAAUACUAUCAGGGAGAAUUAGACGGUUUGAUGUUAAAGCAUCCUCAUUUAAUGCAUCCACGACAACAACGACAUUUUAUAAAGCAACAACAACAUUCUCACUCAUCGGGAAUUCAAUUGCCUCAGCCAAUGCAAUCACAUUAUCAUCGUCAAGAGCAUUUGCAUCCUUCACAGCAACAUUUACAGCAACAUUCGAGCAGCGGUGCCGCCACACAAAACAUUAAUCAGCAUAAACGACCAAUUGCGGGCCAUUUGGCUCAACAAACAUCAUUUAGUAGUUCCGAAGAAGAAUAUGACGCGGGUCACAGCACAAAACUUCUACCGCAUGACAAUAAUGCCGUUGUAAGCGCAUCGGCACGGAUUACCUCUAGUCAAAUCAAUGAUAGCAAACUGGACGUGCAUCAUCGAAAUAAUUACAAUCGAACAAAUCAUCGGUUGCAACAUAGUCCGCAAAUUGUGGUUGGCGACGACGUGGAUUUCCCACAUCAAUCAAAUGAUCCAUAUUGGAAUAAUGACAGCCGUGGGCUGUCUGAUUCAACGGCAACCCUAGUGGGUGGAAAUAAUGUGAAUACAAUACUAACUGGCCGCAUUGGUGGUCAUGGUGGUAGUCUUAGUGCGGGCACUAGUCUAGAUGAACCAAAUGCGUACAGCAUUGAUAGUCGACGAUAUACGGAACGUCGAAAAAAAACCGUUCGAUUUGAUGGUCAAGACUCAAACGAUUGGACACGAUGGGAUUCGGAACGGCAAAAUAGCCAAGAUUCAGCGACACGAGAUUCGGGCAUCGAUUCAGGCAGCACAUUCACAAGCAGUGAAGAUUCGAAUCGAGGCGAAGGCCUAAAGCAAAAUCCAGUACAUUGGCAAGUGUCAACGGAUGGAACGCGUAUGAGUGGCCAUCUGAUUUUGAGAAGGAAUUUUAAUUCAGAGGAUACAUUAGGUUUAUUAGUGUUUGGCGGCCAACUAUUAUCGAAUGGUCGCUUGGGCGCUAUCAUUGAGAAGAUUAAACCUGGUUCGAUUGCCGAUCAAGUGGGACAUUUAAAGCCAGGCGACGAAAUAGUCGAAUGGAAUGGCCAAUCGUUUGGUGAUCGAAGCGAUCAUGAAGUGCAAGAUAUAAUAGCGAAUAGCAAACAUGAUCUACAAGUGGAAUUGAUAGUGUCGCGUGUGAUAGCGGCAAGUCGACGUGCGGCUCAGGUUUCUUGGAGACAAUCACACUCGCCAAUCCGAUUACAUGCAGAAGCUUAUGAUCGACGGGAUAGACCAAGUGUUUUAGUUACAUCGCCAAGUUCACCGGAUCGAAUUGCAAGCGGAGCAUCGGGAUCAGGUUCACGUUAUUCAAAUCGUAUAAGUUCAACGGGCCCAAUUGUUGGCGAUUCAAAUGUAGGCCCAAUUGGUGGCCCAGUAAUAGACAAUUCAAAUGUAGGCGGUCGCAUACAAAUCAAAUUAGGCUUUGAAUCGGGCACAUUACAAUUGAUUUUAACGGUCAUUUGUGCGGCAAAUCUAACCUAUCGCGCAAAUGGUGCCACCAGAAAUCCAUACGUAAAGAUUUUUUUACUUCCGGAUCGUUGUGAUAAAUCGAAACGGCGCUCAAAACCUUUGACAAAUACGAAUGACCCGCGCUGGGGAGAAACGUUUGUUUACUCAGGACUACGACGAGCCGAUUUAAACAAUAGAUAUUUAGAAAUAACUGUUUGGGAUUACGUGAGAUAUGGUGCAAACGAUUUUUUGGGCGAAGUUUUACUAGACUUGAGAAGCCAUCCAUUGGACGAUGAAGCUGAAUGGUACACAUUACAUGUGCAUCAAGAAUCAAAUAUACACACAUUGCGUAGAGAUGAUACAAAUGAAAUGGACAUGAUUUUAACGCCGACCGAUCAUUUAUCGCCGCCAAGUACAACGUCACGUUUAAGCGACUCAGAUACAACGUCUGAAUGUGAUAUUGAUGGUAUUGCAACUGGUCGUGAUGGUGCCAGCAUAUCAUCACUAGGCAGUUCGUCAAGUCCUCCGGCAGAGACGGAUUUAAAUGAGCGUCGAUCAAGACGUGAUAUGUCGCCACAAGGAAAGAAACGGGCAACAGCAAUGGUAGCACGUGAUUAUCGCACUGUAUCAGGAAUUGGACAAAGUUACCAUAAUAACAAUCAAACUAUUGUGACAUCGUUAGCACGUCGAAAUGGUGUCAUGGCAAUGAAUCAACGAAGUCAUUCAGCGGCACCGAGCGACAAUUAUCGUUCGGCUAAUAUCAUUCGUCGCGGUUCAUUAUCGCCGCCCGAAGAUUUAUAUCAAGACUAUUCAGGUUUAACAGUACAUAAUCGUGUUCAGCAACGUUCACAAUCGCGAUCAGCGACCGCUACACCAACGGGUUCACCGAAAAAACGUCAACUUCCACAAGUGCCGCAAAAUAGUAUGAGCGCAGGAAGCAGUACGAAUCGAAUGGUAUUGCGAGAUCGGGAUCGGCUAAUGCAAGACUUUGAAGAGCGUGGCAUUGGACGAUUUAGUCGAUAUCGCACCCGACAACCACAUCAUCAUUCACAUCAUCAACAAACGUAUCGAAGCACCGGUAUGGGCGGAUGGGAGCGAUGCUAUACCGGUUUAUCAGAUAGUGAUUUAACAAUGCAUUCGCUGGAGCCACGUCUUCGACCAAAAAAUUCAUUGUCGCCGGAUAAAGAUUUUAUGGGCGAUUUCGGCGACUCUGACAUGGAAUCUGUAGUUAGCGUUACCUCAAGUGCAUUUUCAACACAAUCAGAACGGCCGCGUGGAUCAAGGGGAUUGAGUAGUGAAUACGAUGUACGUGAUCGUGGCAGCAUUUCAGCAGGUACAAACAAUCGUGGACAUCAGAGCUUAUCGAGUAAUAAUCGCGAAUCGUAUCGAGAUCGAAACGAACGAGAACCAAGCCGAAGUUUAAGCGAUCGUGAUCCACGUGAACAAGACUCAUUCAAUCGUAGCCUAUCGACUGCAGAGGGUACACCCGAUGAGAAAAUUGAUGGAAGUUUAAGUGAUACAGCCGUUGGUAUGCCAGGUUUCGAUCGAUCACGGAGGAAUCCGAAUCAAAGAUCACCAAAAUGUGAAACGCCGACCAGGGAUCGGGAUCGCUUUGGCACGGGUAUGGGUAAAAAAAGUAAUUCCACAUCCCAAUUAUCAGCGACUGGUCGAAAGCGACGCAUUGGUUUCGGCAAAAAGGGUAAGAAUUCGUUUACGGUACAUCGAAGCGAAGAAGUUCUGCCGGGUGAAAUGCGUGCUGGUUUAUUAUCACGUGGUUCAUCGGCCUCUAGUGAUGGCGAGGGUAGCAUUGAUGUGGACAGAUGGUCACCGUCACUGAGAGUUGCAGAUGGUGGACAAUAUUCAGACUUUGUCGACGGUCUUGGACCUGGCCAAUUGGUAGGUCGACAAGUGUUGGGCGCAGCAUCAUUAGGCGACAUUCAGUUAUCAUUGUGUCAUCAGAAAGGCUACCUAGAAGUUGAAGUUAUUCGUGCUAGAGGGUUACAGUUACGGCCAGGAUCAAAAGUGGUUCCAGCGCCUUGUGUAAAAGUGUAUUUAUUGAAUGGCAAAAAGAUAAUAAAGAAAUUGAAAACUGUGACAGCUCGUAGAACGCUCGAUCCAUUAUAUCAACAACAAUUAGUUUUUCGUGAACCAUUUGCCGGAUGUCUGCUCCAGGUGAUUGUAUGGGGCGAUUAUAGUCGAAUGGACAAAAAAGUGUUUAUGGGCGCAGCCCUAAUCGAGUUAGAUAAUAUAAAUUUGUCAAAUAUUGUGAUCGGCUGGUAUCGAUUAUUCGCAAGUUCAUCGAUGGUCAGUGUCAUAACGUCAUCUAUGAGUUUAUCUAGACGCUCUUCCAUUACAUCACUAGAAUCACUUAAACUUUAGUUUAGCAUCUGCAUAAAAAAUAUCCAUCAUUUCGAACAUUCAAUAGUGAUUGAUUUACAACAAACAAAAACAGUAGCAGUCAUCAUGGUUUUACGUUGAUGCACUUAAAAAAAAUAUCUCGAUCACACACAGACACAUAUAACAUAUUCAGCAAUAUAGAAUUCUUCCUAAAAUAAUACAAUACAAAUCUAUAUAUGAAACGAGCUUUUUUUCAUCGACACACAAUAAAACUCACACACACUCACACACAAGCGACUAUAUACUAUUCAAAACAAUCAACAAUAAAAUGAUAUGGAUUGUUCAAGCACCACCCCACUAAAAGCGAUCACAACCAACCAACAAAUCCUUUCUGUUUCUGAACUUUUUAGAAAAAAAAAAUAUGCAGCAUGUUCUAUCUCUUCAUCUUUUAUGCUACCGCUUUCCGUCUCUGAUAUUUUCAAUACUGCAAUAAUAAACAGUCACAUAUUUUUGUAUGUAUUUUGCAUUUAAAACGAAAAAAAAGAAGAAAGAAACGAAAUAAAAAAUUAAAAAAAAGUGAAAAGACAGUAUGUGAGCUAUGAAAUGAUGGGCCACACAAAAUACACAAUGAUAUAAUCAACCAUAAACCAAUCAACAGUCAAUAAAUGAAAUGAAUAUUAUGCAAAGUGAAGCAACGUUUUUAGAAUGGUUAAGUGCAUGUAAUUUGUUAAAAUGCUAUGUUGUUUAAUGGAAAUGAAAAAAAAAAAGAAAUUUAAGCAUAGAGAUAUCUAAAAUGCAAACAAAAAAAAAACAUUUAUUUAGGAGAUAUAGUUGAAAGUUACAAAGAUGAAUAAAUUGAAUGACAACACUUAAGAAAAGGGACAAUUUCAAAUAAGACAACCAAAAAAUCUAAAAACAAACAAGAAUCUAUUUAAAUCUUGAACAUGACAAUAACGUUAUUAUUUGAUCUCUAUGAUUUUACUCUAGCGGAAUAAAUGAGAUUGAAAUGAAUAAAAAAAGACUAUUCACCAGCAAAUGACCAAAAUAAAAGUGGAACAAAUAUUGAUUCGGAAUGAUGAGAACAAAAUUAGCAAAUUCAUUUGAUUUAUACUGGAAUUGUGUUUGAAUUUGGUGAUUUUGCUCUUUCGAUUUUGAUCAGGAUUUUUUUUUUAAGUUUUCUUUUACUUUUGGUCAUUCGAUCGUGAAUACCUUCUGAGAAAAAAUGAUAUAAAUUUGUUUUAGCACAGAGUAAACAGCGAAGAAAAAUAUGUUUUUAGGGGAAACAAAUCUAGAGAUUGAUUAUGCCACAGAUAAAACUAUUUGCUAUAUUAUAGAUCAUGAAUGAUGAAUGAUAACAUUUGCACCUUUUAUUGUAAUCAAAUGAAACCAGCAACUUUAAUGCAACAAAUGAAAACCAAAACGAAACCAAUUUAAAAUAUAUAACAAAAAUGUCUCGGAACAUCAAUUGAUGAACGCAGAGAAAAGCAAAUGAAUGUGUGAGUUAGGAAAUACGAAAUUGAUUUCAUUGUGGAACAAUUUAAAUGAAAUUGUAUACAAGAUAUAAAAUAAAACACUAUAUAUACAUAUAUAUUUUUUCAAUGAGAAAAGAUGCAGUAGAGAAAAUGUCGAAAAGACGAUACUGAUCCGUAGUAUAUAUAGUAACAAAAAAAGAGCACUCUUCUAUCAACGUUAAUGAUAAUGUGGACUCUGGCCCUAUCCACUUCUUCUUAACUUUAACUUCUUAUUCAAUUUCAAUCUACGUUUCAUUGUUGCUUGUAAAUAUUUUUAAAUGAUGGCUUUGUUUUUAUGCGCGCGUCUCUUUUAACAGAGCAUACCCAUUUUUCAUUUUAUUUUAAUUUCGAUCAAACAUAUUUUGGCAACCGAUCCAUGGUAAACAAAGUGACUGACCAAUUAUUUCGAUUUUCUAUGAAAUAGAAACGUAUGCUAUACACAACAAACAUAUUGAUUCGACUGUGUCUAAUUUGGCACGUUAACAAAAAAAACUAGUUCAUUUCAUCGCUUGAUUCCGUUUUUUUCUCUGUGUGAAAAAAGGUCACGAUUUGAUUAGAUCAGAAUUAAUUAGUCAGUCAAUUUGCUUAUUGGACAUUCGUAAAAAAACAACUGUUUUAAUCGUUAGACUCCUCCAUUAAAUUAAAUACUUAUUAAACCGAACGUGUUUCUAAUGUGCGCUCGUCUGUAUUAAAGAAAAACUAAUUUGUUUUUCAAAUGAAUUUAUAAUGGCCUAAAUUUGUAUAAAACUACUAAAAAUGAUUUUAAAAAAAAGAGUAAAGAAGACGACAUCAUUUCAGCAUACCACUAGAAGGCAACCUUUUAAUCAUUGUAAAUUAAUCAUUUGCAUACUCUCGCCAAGAGAGUAUAAAAACAAAAUUAUGAAUAAACAAAUAAAUAAGUAAUAAGAUUUAUUGUGUAAAUGUGAAAUCAAAUUUAAUAACAACAUAAACAAAAAUACAGAAUAUAAAAACUUUUGUGAAAUCGUGAAUCAUGAAGAUAUGAACAAAAAAAACACAACAUUAUUAAAAUUUGUACAUGUUUAAAGUGGAAUUUCCAGUGACGAUGUAAACAACUUUCCUGUGAAAUAAUCCAAUUUCCCGCAACAUAAAGGCAACCAAUAUAAUAAAUGUUCUGAAAGUGCGUUCGAUUUUUUUUAGCACUGAGAGAUCCAUUUACCUUUUUCUCCUCGCCUUUCGUAAACGUGUAUGAAUUUUCGUACAUCUUAUUCUUAUAUAGUUACUUACAUCAUAUUCAAACGGAUUGUUAUCAAACAAAAAUGGUGUUUUCUUUUCUCUCUCAUUAUAAAUUAAACUCUUUAUGAUUCGAUUGUUUAUUUUCUGUUUCAAUUUGUACGCCGAAACAUAAACGCGAAUAUAAAAUGAACAUACCUAACAAAAUGCUUAAAACUAAGGAACUUUUAUUCACCAAUACACAUUGUUAUCAUCUUUACAAGACAAAGAAAAAAAAUACAUUUUGAAAUUUAAAUGGCACUCUUUAACAAAUAAAAUGAAUCGACGCAUAAUUUUUUGUGGAUAAAAUGCUUUGUUUGAUAAAUAUUAAUCAAGUAUUGAAGGUUAUAACAUAAAUAGUAAUCAUUGAAUAUUUAUUUCUGUUAUCCGAUAAAUUUCAUUUAUUACACUCGUAACAACAUAGAUUCUGUAGUCUCUUUCUUCGUGUUAUUUAAAUGAAUUGGAUAAUCGCAAGUAUCGAUCCGUUCAUAACGAAAAUUGUACAUAAAAGAGGUAAGAACGGGCAAGGAGACACAUUCUUUUUUCAAAUUAAAAAAAAAAAAAACAUAACUUGUGGCGCGCUUUCAUUCUUCGAUUUAAUCAAAUGUCUGCUAUAAAUGAUUUAUCUCCCGAAUUAAGUUUUUAGAUGACAGUUAUCGCUAGAAUGAAAACAUCCAUUCGAAAAAAAUUAAUAGAACUUUCGGGAUUGUUUAUCGUAGAUGCGUUUAGAAUUUUGUCUAGAAACAAAACCCAUACAUAUCCAAACACAAUUUGUGAUCAAAUAAGAACAACCGUAAUAAAAUCAAUGAACAUAAAACACUAUUUUCAAUUCGCUUCGUCCGAGUCAUUUCAAACACAUUCAAUUCUCUCACUAUUUUCUGUUAGACACCAUAGUAACGCACAUACGUAUGUUUCAUAAAUGCAUUUCGUCGCCAUUAAACUUCUUGUAUCCAUUUACCAUUUGAAAUGGUGUAUCAUCUCACAAACCGUUAUCAUUUGCUCUGAUAGAUUUAAUGCUGUCAGAAUCAAGAUAAACAUACACAAUUUUUCGUGGUCACAAAAUAAAAAACUUUCUCAUAAUUUCAUCCAAUUUCAUUACUCGUAGCAAUUAACAAGCAAUUGAAAGCAUAUAAAACAUAAAACCAUUUGAAAAAAGUGGCAAAACCGAUGCUAUUCAUGUCACUGACCUUUAUUGUUCACGCUUUCAAGUCACCCAGUAGCCCAUUUGGAUUUAUUCCACCACAAUCAAGCACAUUCACACCAAUAAAAUAUAUCAAACACCGAAAUUAUUGUGUCUCUCGUUUUAUAUUUCUCUGUUUCUCUCGUUUUCUCUGUUUCGUUUCAGUGAGGUUUGGAACGAAUCUAAGUUAACCCUCUUCCCCCAGAUAGAUUCACGCCAAUCUUAAUGCAGUUUUAUGUGAUCGAAUUGUUGUUAAUGAUCGAACUGAAUAGGCAUGCGGCAAUGAAAUGCAGUCACAACCAGUUGGUUCAUUUCAGUCUUCAAUGAUCACCAAUGGUUUUUUUUUUAUCUUUUUUAUCUCAUUUAUCCACACAAAAUACAUAUACACUCGCCAAUCAAAAUCGUUCAUCAUGAUCGAAAUGUAAACUUGAUAUUAAAGCACUUGUAAAUAAGAACAUUUUACAUUUGUUGACAUUGUUUUUAUGGCCGAAGACGAGGAAACAAAAAUGACUUGUGGGUGAUCUUUAUCUUUGGCUGAUGAGCCAAAAUGGAAUUUGAGGGAAAAAUGCGCGACGAAUGCCAUUGUGGUGGAUUUUCAGUAACAAAACUUAAAGUUGACACUAUUUUGUGGUUCAAAUGCGGAGACAACAUGGUUGGUCAGGUUUGAAUGAGUGGGAAAAAAUAGAAAUUGAUUUGACCCGCCACAAUUUCCUUUUUCGAUUAUUAUUUCGCACGUGGUUGACGAUGACGACGGAAACAAUAUUUCCAUACAUCCAUUUUCUUCCAAAACUCAAAAUGAAUAUAUAGCUUUUCGAUUUGAUUUCACGCGGGGAAAAAAAUUCUCUUUUCAAUUGCGUUAUUCAUAAUGUGUACACACAUUUUUUUUGCACCCUAUUGAAUGCCCCUAUAAAUUUGCCGAAUGCAACACAAAUAAAAUAGAAAAAAUAAAUUGUAAAAAAAACACAAUCCACGAUGCAAUUAAGCUCAAAUUUCAUCGACAGUCCACUAAAUUCCAAUAACAAAAAAAAAGGUUAAUGUCCACUAAAAACACAAAUUUUACGUUUAAACAUACACGCGCCGAGAGUCAUUUGCAAAUAUACUUAUAUUACAGAAUCUUUAUAUAUUGUGAACAGAAAUUGACGAAAAAGAGACUCAAACAAUGAUGGAGAUAAGAAUUCUUGAGGAAAAAAAAGAAGAAUAAAAGUAUAUUAUUUAUAUAUAAAUGUGUUUUUCAAUGCCUAGUGUUUUUUGUUAAAAUGGCAACAAAAAUGUACUUUUUAAACGAAACAAAGAAAAAAAAAUGAGAAAAAAAUAUAAGGUAAACCUAACAAAUGAAAAGCUUUUACGAAUAUUAUUGCAUUAUAAAUAAAUUAUGACAACACAUUUUAUUAAAAAACAAAAGAACAAAAAACGACAUAACACACACAUACACACAUAAAGCAAUUUACGCGGUGAAAUGGAAUUUGGUAAAAUCGUGAAAUUAGCUGAUGCGUGGAAAAUGUGCGGUUUUUUUGUUAAUUUUCAAGUUGUCAACCGUUUUUGCUACAGGGCUUUUUCUUUAGUUUGGUUUUUAUUCAUUUCAAAACUAUAAGAGUCUUUCUUGUGAGAUUCAUGUUAAUAUCUUUAUAAUAGAAUGAAUUUAUGAUCGAAUCCAAUCUAUUUAACACACACAAUAAAACUUAAAAAGUUCCAUGUAUUUAAAAGAAAAUUGCAUGUAUUUAAUUUUUCUUUCUCUAAUUUGCAGCCAAAACCAUUGCACGUACACACGUGUUGGGCGCGCAUUUAAAUUACAUUUUUUAUGUUACUUUUUACGGGUAGAUAAAUACAUGUGAUGUAACGCUCUGAAAAAACAAAAAUUAGCUAAAUAAAAUUUAAAAGAAAAAAAAACAAGAACAAAGCGAAAGAGGCGAUUAGAUAGUGAAUGAAAAGCAGUGAAAUAAACGACACAUUUUUAUAGAGCGAAAACUCUUCAAUAAAAACCAAAUUACAAAAAAAUGAUAACCGUUACAAAGUCUCUAAACGCUAACAGCCACACAACAACAAUAAAUGCGAAUUGAAAAUCUGUUUAGUACACACUCACACAUUACAAGCGAUCUGUGAAAAAAAUAUCGUCAACAAUCGCAGUCAAAAUAGUUGAAAAAAAAA